AUGACCGUGCAUUUCAAGUGCGGAUGGGUGCGUACGCAUUUGGGAUCGAAUGGGUUUUAUUGCAAAAUUUCCUCCGCUACAUUUAAUAACGAGAUACGGUCCUGGUCAGAUCUGAAGUUCUCUCUUUCUCCCAAAUCCCCAAAUCCAUCUCUCUCUCCCCAAAAAACCGAUCUCAAAUCCCUUCUCCUCACUCCGUCGUCGACUGCCGUCGACCCGACGAACGCUCCUGCUCUCGCCGUCGACUGCCGCCGACCCGACGAAGUUCGUGCUCUCGUCGUCGAUCCCUGCCGACGAAGUUCCUGCUCUCGUCGUCGUUCAGAUCUCGCCGACUCACAAAUCUCGCUCCUGCUCACAAAUCUCGCCGACGAACGCUCCUGCUCUCGCCGUCGACCGCCGCCGACGACCUCCGCCGCGAACUCCUCCAGACGAACUCCGCCAAAUCACAACAACCAGACGAAGAAAGAUGACAAAUUGCGCUACAAGAUGGAGCGUAUACCUUUUCUUGAAGAACAAGUGAGGAUGAUUAGAGAAACUGGAAAGAUAAUGUCUAUGGACAUCGCGAGGCUGUUGCUAUCAGAGGAGAAUAGGUUCGAUUUUGUGAACGAGGUGGCUGCUGAAGCUACAGAAUAUGUGGAGAACAACAGAGAUGAGUACGGAUCAAAGAAACCUAUAUUACAUGUACUCAGUAACCGGAUGAACGAGGCUGGAUUCAGUCGGCCAGAAGCCUAUUUGGAGCCUGAUCCUUUCAAGCCGGGGCCUGGAUAUCUGAGAAAUGAAUUGUAUGAUUAGCGAAUCUUUUCUAUUAGUUUGUCAAUUAUGCAGUAAGGAAUCCUUGUUACUUGAAGCAUGUAAUAAAUCCAGUUGUCUGCAUUUCAGAAAGUCUUGUUGCCAAGCUCUGGCUUUUGAUGUUGUUUCUGUGAAAUUCUCAUAUCUGGUGAUGAACAGCUGCUAAGUCUCGAGCAGUCUUUUGAUUGAA